CUAUAGCUGUUGGCACGCUCUCCCGUCCGGUCCGGGCCGUCGUCCCUCAUCCGCAACCACUGCGGUGCGCUCCGCCCAGCAGCAGCAGCGGCCGCCGCCCAAGAGCGAUGGAUCCGACCAUGGGUGAUAGCUUGGAGUGCCUCCUCUGGGACUGCCUCGAAUCCGAAGCGCUGCAGAGCUUGUGCAUCGGCGCCGACGGGGACGGCGGCGGCGGCGGCCAGCAGCACUGCGUCGGCUACUCCAGCUCCCCGGACGCCGGCUCCAACUCCUCUGCGGCGACCGCGGGCGCGGGAAGCAUCGGCAGCAGGCCCGGCAGCAGCAUCGUCGCCACGGAGAGGCGCCGCCGCCGGAGGCUCAACGACAGGCUCUACGCCCUCCGCAGCGUCGUCCCCAACAUCACCAAGAUGGACAAGGCGUCCAUCCUCAGGGACGCCAUCGAGUACAUCCUGCAGCUGCAGCAGCUCGAGCGCCAGCUGCUCGACGAGCUAGGCCUCCUCGAGGCCGGCGCGGGCGCGCACCACCUACUGGUCGGAACGCCAAUGCCGUCCGCCGGCGCGGCGGAAGACGACGACGACCGCGCGGGCCACGCCGCCGUGUCGCCGACGAGAAGGAUGAAACGGAACCCGUCCUUAUCCACCCCGGCGCCAUCCUCCCGCCACUGCCCCUCCUCGCCGCCGGUCGACGCUCUGCAGGUGAGGGUGUCGGGCGCCGGGGAUAAGGUGCUGGUGGUGAGCGUCGCGUGCCGCCACCGGAGGGACGCCGUUGCCAAGCUGUGCCGCGCGCUCGAGGGGCUCCGCCUCCGCGUCAUCGCCGCCAACGUCACCGCCGCGUCGGGGACCGUGACGCACACAGCGCUCGUCCAGAAAGAAAAAAUGCAUCAGACAGAGAUGAAGGAAAUGGUUGAGAUAGCAAUCACCCGACUUGAUGAUGUCAAUGGAAGUCCACUUAGCAGUUUGAGUUGCUGAAGAUUUCUGGCAAGCCACUCAUAUCUCCGAUCCCGCAAUUAAUCAUAAAUAACCAUGUUCUUCGAACCGUGAAGUGGCUUUCAAAAUUUUGGGUUAUGCUGUGAAACAAUCUAUGCUUGCUUCUAUCUUAUAUCAACCUUUGGCCUCAUCACAUAAAUGCUGAUACAUCCAAUAGUCUGCAAGGAAGAGAAUGUAUCUUAUUGGGAUGUUGAGUUAAUGAUCAAUCCUACAUAUGCCUAUGCCCAAAUUUUGGAAUGUUGCUCA